UGGAUCAUAUGACAGGACUAAGCUUGAAGCCUUCUUAUUACGCUACAUGGAAGAUGGCCUUAUAUUGGACGGUGUUAUGGCUCAGGACAUAAACCAAGCAUCUUCAUUUUGGAGAAUUCGUGAGGGUAUAACCGAAGCAUCAACGAAACAAGGAGCUGUGUACAAGUAUGACUUAUCUCUACCUGUUGAAAAGCUCUAUGAUAUUGUUGAUGAAAUGAGAGAAAGGCUUGGGCAAGUUGCUAAAGUAAUCGGGUAUGGCCACCUUGGAGAUGGUAAUUUGCACUUAAAUAUACUAACAAACCAGUAUGAUGAUGAUGUUCUUGCACAAAUCGAACCCUUUGUAUAUCAGUGGACAUCAAAUCACAGGGGAAGUAUCAGCGCCGAGCAUGGAUUGGGAUUAAUGAAAGCAGAUAAAAUUCACUACAGCAAGUCUUCUGAAACUGUUCGACUUAUGGCUUCAAUCAAGAAACUACUGGAUCCCAACGGAAUAAUGAAUCCUUACAAAGUUCUGCCUCGUUCUUUGCUCGCAAACUGAGGAAAACUGCUUUCUUGUAUGGGAUUGCUAGUGCCAUUGCCUGUAUAUAAAGCUGUGUCCAACUCUAUAAGCUGUUCUGAGCAGAACUUUAUUUUGAGCAGAUGUCCGUCUCGUUGUCAACAAUAUAUACAUAAAUUUAUCUUUAGGGACUGGUUCUUUGUAAAUAUCGUUGCAAGAGAAGCUGUUAGGGCCGUGUCCAUGCAAUGGACUUUUUUUUUAUGAAUAACAAAUCUUCAUAUUGUUCUAAUGAGAUGUUGUAUACAUGUUGCAAGAAGUUAGAAUCAAGUUUGGAAGUGUAUAAAGCAAGAUAACAAGUUAAUCAAAGAAAAAAAAUCAGGAGUGAAACUCUAUUUUGAGCAUAUGUUUUGGUGAUAUAUAUGUUGAGAUAUAAAUAUUUAGUUAGACGUCGUCGAAACAGUCAGCAGCAGGUAGAGAGCAUACAUUUGAGACUGAAACUUGUACGAGCCAUAACUUUUGACUUGGUUAUUGGAUUCGUUAUUGUAAUAGCUUUCGGAAUGCUCUUGAUCUGAUCUAUGUAAUCAUUGAUGGUAGAUUGAGCCUA